UUUGGGCAGCCCUCCCCAGGAAAGCCCUUGGAUCCAGGGGAUGCUGUAAAGAAUGAGACCAUUCCCAAAAAAACCCUGAAGAAGCCGGAUCCCCCUGGAGCAGAGCGGGCUGGGAGCUUUGGGAACAUCCCCUCCUCAGCCCCUCUGCCCAGUGGGACAACCCCAAAACCCCCAAAUUUGGGGUCUGGUGCUGAUAAAAACCUGGAAAAGGAGGGAAGAGCCCUGGCAGGGAGCCAGGAGUGGGACAAGGACAGCGUGACCUCGGAAUGGGACAGCAGCCACCUCGGAGCCAGCCCAGAAAUCCCAGCAGACCUGCAGGGCCUUCCCCGCUCAGAGCUGCAAUCCCACAGGAACCAUCUGCUGAUGGAGCUGCUGUGGAUCCAACAGGCCAUUGCCAGCAGGAAACACUUCCUGAUGCUGAAACAGAAGCUGGGAAUUCCCAACCACUCUGGAAUUCCUGAGUUUUUGGAUUGGUGUGGAGAAGCUCUGGAGCAGCAGCACAAGUCCUGAUGUGACAGUGGCAGCUCCAGCUCCCUGGCAUGUUUCUCACUCCAGAAAAACGCGGGAUGAAAAAUCCUUUUUGUGGAUAUUUGGUGCAAGCAGGAUGAAUCAUCAGCCAGGGGGGUUGUGGAGUGUCCUGCAGGGAUCCAUCCCAUGAUAUCCCAGUUUUUCCUUGGCUGAGCUGGAUGAUCCAAGUGGGAAAUGGAGCAUUUUCACUUCCAGCUGGUGCUGUUGGUGCUGGAGUGGCUGAAGGCAGCAGGGACCUGCAGGAACGAGCUCUUCCCGCAGAACUGUGUGGAUUCCACGUGGGAAUCCCGGUGGUUGGGAUGGCUCUGCAAUAUCCAGCAUCUCCACAGGGGGGAUUUUUGGGAACGCUGAAGUGCUGAGUGGGGAGGAGUUCCUGUGCAGGUGGGGAGGGAGGGAUGAGGCUCAUUCCUGUCUGAUCCCUGGGAUGAGGCUCAUUCCUUCUGAUCCUUGGGAUGAGGCUCAUUCCUGCCUGAUCCCUGGGAUGAGUCUCACUCCUCCCUUUCCUCUGGCUCUGGGAAUUUUCUCCUGGGGCAGAGCCAGGAAAGGACCUGGUACUUUGUCAAUUCCUUCAGCUCAGGGAUGUUCCAGGUCCCUCAGAAAGGGAUUUCCCACGUGGUGCUGUGGUUCCCUGCCCUAACCCUUGUGUGGACACAAGAUGUGAAUCCUUCUGUUCUGGAAUUAUUUUUAUUUUUUGGGAAUAAAAAAAAAAAAAAACAACUUUUCCUGAUGUUGAACCUGUUCCUGCCUGGCUUCCUGAUUUCUCCUGGGCAGAACCAGGUGGGUCCAUGGCUGAGGUGUCCAGUGGGUUUGGCCAGGACAGGACAGGACCUUUGGGAUUUCCCAAAUGAUGCCAGGGGGGUCACAAUGCUGAUCCAUAAAUCCUGGUGGGAACCUGCUGGCUGCUCCUG